ACAAACUUCCGGAAACAUGGCGAGACUUGAGAAACUUUACAGCCAGGUUGAAAACAUAAAAGAGCAAUAUUUUAUUCGCAACAGGAUUGCGGAGGAAAACAGACAGAAAGAGAACCAGGCUGCGGUCCGAAUUCAGAGCUGGUUCAGGGGCUGCCAGGUGAGAGAGUUCCUCAGUCAUCUGCAUAAAAAGGCAACAUUAAUACAAAAAAUAUGGCGUGGAUUCGCUGCACGGGCUCUUUUCAGACAAAGGGUAAAGACAGCAUAUUUUAUCAUGAAGAUGAAUUUCUACAAUAAGAUGGCUGUCAAGAUACAGCGGAGGUGGCGAGGCUAUUAUGUGAGGAAGUAUGUACACAAUUAUUAUGCACGCAAGAGAUAUUUGGAAGGAUUGACAAGGAAGAAUGAACACAUCAGGAGAGACCUGGAGGAAUUUGCAGAGCUCCAGAGGAGAGAGAGAGAACGGAUCACUCUGGAAAAAGAGGAAAAAGAGAAAAGCAUCCAGGCUCAGAGACUCCACUUCCUCCUGAGCACUAAACAGGUCAGUGGCGAAUCAAUGAGACACACAUUAUGUGUGUAUAUCCUGCAUAUAUUUAUUUGA